ACAAAUUUCAAUCUACAAUUCAUAAAUAUUUAUUUUUCCUCCAAUUUUUUUCAUAAAAGCAUUUACAUUUGUUGUUGAUAAUAUGUAUUGAAAAAUAAAAUCGCAAUUUUUACAUUUCUUGAAAAUAAAACUACUCAUCACUCAGGUUUGAAUUAAAAUAGAGAGUGAAACCUGUGUAGUCUGUAUCGCUUGAGGCCAAAAGGAAACUGUUUUCUGAUUUUUUUAGGAAUAUGAGUGGGUUGCUUGACGUAAAUAAUGCAACAACAUCAUUGUGGCUCGUCAAGGUACCAAAGUAUGUUGCCGACAAAUGGGAUAUUGCUCCGAGUAGCUUAGAAGUUGGAAAAAUCAAGGUCCAAAAACAUCCAGGCAAAAGACCAGAUAUAUCACUUCACCUAUCAGAAGCUGUUUUAUGCUUGGAAGGUGAUAAAAACACGGAGCCUAUUCCCAAAUCUUUCAAAUUAGAUGUAUCACACUUUACUGGUCAAACUAUUGGUGUAUUAUCAGAAUAUAGUAUACCAUAUAACCCAGAUGCAAUUGUUCAGGAAACAGAUAAACUAAGUAUAGAAGGAAAAAUCAGCCAAAAAUUAGAAUGUCGGCCAAUUGGAGAUCAAGUGUAUAUGGAUUUGAAAAAAACAGCUAUAAAAAAAGCACACAUUCCUACACGACAAGUGCAGAAAUUAGACAAAGUGGUCCAAAACUUCAAGCCUAUAUCAGAUCAUAAACACAACAUCGAGUAUAAUGAGAAAAAGAAGUCUGAAGGCAAAAAGGCACGUGACGAUAAAGAUUCUGUUAUGGCAAUGUUGUUUAAGGCAUUUGAAAAACAUCAAUAUUACAAUAUCAAAGAUUUAGUAACAUUAACUAAACAACCAGUGGUGUACUUAAAAGAAAUUUUGAAAGAAGUGUGUAAUUAUAAUCUUAAACAUCCACACAAGAAUAUGUGGGAGUUAAAACCAGAAUACAGACAUUACAAGGAACAAGACGAACCUAUGGAGACUAGUUAAUUAUGUGUUUAUUCGUAAAUGAUCUUUAAUAAUGAUUCUUAAUUUAAUAUUGUAACUCAAGAUAAUUAAUGAUCUUAAAAUUAAAACAAGUUUUUGUAUGGUUUUAAAAAGUAAUUGGAAAAAUCAAUUUUCAUACACCUUUUUUUUUGCGUAUUAAUGCGUACCUAAUUAAAUUUUGAAGGACAUACACAUUAUAAUCGUAUUACAGUGUGAGUUUUAAAUAAUUG